GCGCGGCGCAGCGGCUUCCAUUCUUUGUGUUUUUCGCUCGACCUAUUCUGUAAAAGUGUGUUUUUGUAGUUAAUGGGUCGCGCGCGCGGCAGUUUUGUAAGUGAUGGGUUCGAUCGCAAAUGGUGCCAUUGUCAGGAUCAAGCUAGAAAAUUUUAUGACCUACACGUUCGUGGAGGUACGUCCAGGCGCAAACCUGAAUGUAAUUGUGGGUACGAACGGGUCUGGCAAGUCGUCCUUAGUGUGCGCCAUCUGCCUCGGCCUGUGUGGCACACCACACACUGUUGGACGGGCCUCCAAUGUCUCCGACUACAUACGGCAUGGUGCAGAUUAUGCCGUGAUUGAAAUUGAACUCGCCAGCACAACUGGGCAAAACACAAUCAUCGAAAGGCGUAUCACGGGCAGCAAGUCCACGUGGAAAGUCAAUGGCGUCACGUUACCCCAGAAGUCGGUUGAACAUUUAGUGGCAAAGCUGAACAUACAGGUUAGCAACCUGUGCCAGUUUCUGCCACAGGACCGGGUGGCUGACUUUGUGCGGAUGUCCCGCCAAGAGCUCCUGGAAGGUACCGAGCGUGCUGUGGGCAGCUCUGAGCUGUUUGACCUUCACCAGCGACUCAAAGAGCUCCAGCAAAUGCGGGGCACCCUGGAGGCUUCGCUGCAGGGCCUGAAAACGCGGCUGGAGCAAGAGCGCCAGAAGGUGUCGCACCUGGACGCCGAGGUGAAGAAGAUCCAGGAGCACAAGGAAGUGCAGCGUCGCAUCGAGCGCCUGCGCCAGAAAUUGGCCUGGAUGGAAUAUGACGAAGCACGGCAUUUGUUUCUGGAGGAGAAAAAUAAGCUGCGGGACGAAGAGAAUAAGCUGAAGACGAAGGAGCAGGAGCUGGCUCCGCUCCAGAGUGCCGUAGAGAAGGUGUCACAGUGGCAGGCCAAUAUCGCGGCAGUGGAAAAGGAACUGAAAGCGGGACUUGCUGUUGACACCAAAGCUGUCGAAGCUUCUCUGCAGAAUUUUGGCUUACUUGCAGACAAGUUCUCAUCAGUUAAAAACGAGCUUAGAAGAAAGAUUCAAGAAGAGGAAGGGAGGAUCGAAAGGAUGCAGAAGUAUGCUGAUGAAAUUGCUGGGUUUGAGCGUGAAGUUGCCGAAUCAUCGUUAGUUGAUAUAACGGCAAAGGUUACAGAAGUGCAAGUCAAAAUACAAGAAUGCAACAGGGACAUCAGCAGCGUCAGCAACGAGAAGGCUACAGCCGAUGACUUCAUCAAGGAUAAACAGCGUGAAAGCAAUGCGGUCGUGCAGGAGAUCAAACGGCUCAAUGACCUGUCAAACCAAAGAUUGGAGUUGCUGAGGUGGCGAAGCCGAGACGCCUACGAAGCAACUAUGUGGCUGCAGCAGAAUGAGGGCCGCUUCAAAGGGAAGAUCUAUCCACCCAUUAUGACUCAGAUUGACUUGAUGAAUGCAAGUGAUGCCAAGUAUGUAGAGGCACAGAUUCCUUUGAGGGACCUGUUGGCAUUUGUAGCAGAAUACCCAGAAGACCUCAAUUCAUUUUUGGGAACCAUCAGGGACUCUCGGAACCUCAGAGUCAAUGGAGUUGUUGUUCCCGCAGAGAGCUUGGACUCCUUCAAGCCACGUAGACCACUUUCCGAGAUCAAACGCUGUGGCUUUCGAGCGUACAUCAAAUCGCUCUUCUCCGCCCCUGACGGAGUGAUGCGCUACCUGUGCAAGCGGCACCGAGUGCAUGACAUCCCAGUUGGUGACGCACGUACUGAAGACUGCCUGGAGGAAGUGCGGCGACUUGGGAUGCGACGAUUCUUUACCGAGGGACAAUUUGGUAAGCUAUAUCUGCUUUACACCAUCAAAGUGUCGCAGUACGACCCUUCACGAAUCAUGACCACAUGCUCGGAGGUGUCUGCACCCCACCUGUUGACCAUGUCUGUGGACGUCACCAAUUUGAGAAAGCUAGAAAAACAAAAGCAGGCUCUUGCUGAAGAAAUUGCUGCGAGAACAGCUGAAGUGAAGAAUCUGAAUGCGAAGGACAGGACUUUGCAGCAACAACUUGAAGAGCUGAGAACGGCAAAAAAACGGUGGUUAAAUGAGCUGAGUCACAUUAGACAGCUCAACAUGCUGUUGGAGCAGAAACGCGAGGCCCUCGAGCGACUCCGAAACGAAGCCAUUGACCUGGACGCGGAGCAUCGGAAGGCUGCUGCUGAGCAGCGAAAGAUCUGUUCCUGCAGAGUUAAAGAAGCGAGGAAUUUCGCCAACAAGCUGCAAGAGUGCCAUAAGAAGCACCGCGAGUUUGCCGAGCACCGCCUGGACAUGGUGAAAGUUCUGGUGGACCGGAAGAAGGCCGAGGAAAAACUCAGGGUGGUCCAGAACGAGUAUUGCUCCUUGGAGAAUCGAGUGAAGAGCAUGAAGGAGGAUUUGCUGCGGCUGAAGCGAGAGGCCCAGAAGAAGCUGAAGGAGGCCCAGGAGGCCACCAAAUGCUCUUCCAGUACUCUCACCAUCCCACCGGACGUGGCAAAGGAAUUCCUCAAACUUCCAAACACAGCUGCGGAGAUCACCAAGAAGUUGCACGAGGAAGAAGUGAAGCUGAGCUGUAUGCUUCCUGUGGACCUUUCGGUUGAGAGUGAGCACCAUCAACGCAAGCGGGACAUCGAGAAACUCGAGGCAGAUGUGAAGGGAAAUGAGACGCAGCUGUCUGAACUGGAGACCGAGAUGGAGGACACCCGAAGUCGGUGGCUGCCAAACAUCGAGGAACUACUUCAGCGGAUAAAUGUUGGCUUUGGCCGCUUCUUCCGUGCCCUGGGAUGUGCAGGCGACGUGUCCCUGUACCAGGGUGAGCAGGCGCACCAGUACGAUCAGUUUGGUGUCAACAUCCGGGUGAAGUUCAGGGAUCAGGAGGCCCUCGCCGAGUUGUCUGCAGCGCACCAGAGUGGCGGUGAGCGGUCGGUGGCCACGGUGCUCUACAUGAUGGCGCUGCAGGAACUGACAAGCGUGCCCUUCCGCUGCGUCGAUGAGAUCAACCAGGGAAUGGAUUCUGAAAACGAGCGUAGGGUAUUUGAAAUGAUAAUGAACACUGCCCGACAGAACUCCGCCCAAUAUUUCCUGCUCACUCCCAAGCUGCUUCCGGACCUUCCCUAUGCAGAGAAUGUGACAAUGAUAUUCAUAAGCAAGUGCACUUCGUACAUCCCCGACUGGAAUCCUCAAGCACUUGUAGGCCGAAGCAUCGGAUUGGCAGCCUGUGUUCAGCAUUGAUUCCACUCUUUUAUACUGUGUAUAUAACUACCUUUUUUUAAUUCAUUAGUGUUGGCUCUGAGAGGUGAUUUUUUUUUUUCCCUCUCCUAGCACUUGUGCUGGGCAGGUUCAGCUCCGAGCUGCAGCUACCGAGCACAGGUACAACACUUUUCUUAGACGUUACAUGAAUCUGACUUUAUUUUGUGCAUGAAUUGCAACGCACCUUUAAUUUUAGUUCCUGUAAUGUAUAGUGGUUUAGAAGCUACCAGUGCUGUAUUUAUGAAGGUGCCCUUAAAGCAUCUUUAGCUCAUUCUACACAAGUUGCGUGCUCAGGAAAGCAAAUACUGUGUCUGACUGAGAUCCAAGACACUUGCCGAGUGGACACAACUCCGCUCCAGUGCAUUAUAUCAUCCUGUACAAUGCAAUCUACUCGUAAAAGGAACAACCAGUUGGUAUUCAACUGCUUAUUACAUCUAAACUGAUGCAUCACUGUAUUUGGACGAUUUUUCAAAAUUUAGAUGUCGGCCAAAGGCAUUCAGUGGCCAUUUUUCUCCUUAAUAUCAUUGGGGUGUUUCAGUUGUAUUGAAUUUUUUACCAGCCAAGUAAUUCCCUUCAAAGUGUGCUGUACUGUGUGCAUCAUCAUUCCAUAGUAUCCUUGCCAUCAAGUUGAAGCAUUACAUCAUCGUUUUUUACAGCAUUUUGUCAUGUGAUGCGAUAAAAUAAAGCUGUAAUUGUUAAUAACUG